GUCGGCACAAUCUUGUUGGUUACUUGGAUCAUCUAGAAAGUGAAGCGUGAGCGCGUUAUUGGGAAAUGCUUGGAAUGUGCUGGGCUUUGCAUAGAUCCAGAGUCUCACCAUCCGUGGUGCCAGCAGCGAAAAAGCCCACCCACUAAAUAAGGUAGGUAGUACCUAUCAAACCCGCCACCGAGCACUGACUGGCACCACUGGCACCAUUUAUUAGUUAGUAGCAGCACAUCUUGGCGGACCCCUGCAACUUGGAAGCGCUCGCUCGUCCUGCUCUUAAAAACAACCUGGAAAAGUCUGGGGGCUCGACAUAGGUAGAAUGGUAGGCCGCAACGGCACUAGGCACUGGGUGUCCCGCCAUUCGUGCGAAUGAAACCCUCGCGGGCGCGACUCCCGCAGGCAGGCAGGGUGCUUGCUGUGCUGCUGCUUUGUCGAGGGGUACUGUAAUAUAAUGAAUAGCGCCGAGAGCAAGGAAAACAAAACGGCCGUCGACCAGCCCGGCACUGCAUUGCCGCCGGCUGUGAAACGACGCUAGAUAGGUAGGGUGCGGGCGGUAGCUACCAAGUCAAGCUUGGCCUGGUUCCCCCUGGGGUUGGGCACUGCAGCCGCAGGCCCGGCUCACUGUCCAGAAACAACAUCGUUUCUGGACCCCCCUCCUCCCUACCCAACCGCAACAAACCCCCCGUUCGUCGCUCACUCAUCCGUGACGCCGGCGCUGGUCUGGUCGAGUCGACGACGACGACGGUUUUGGAGUAUCCUCUGAUCGCCGGGUACAGCGCCGCCCACGGCCACCACCACGUCGGCCUCCAACGAAUCGAACCGUCGCGGCACCGAACGGGGAGUCGCGGCUGCCAUUCAGCACCACCACACCAGCAUCGGCACCAGCCCCUGGAACUUGGCACCGGCGCAGCUCCGGAUCUUUGGGGGACCCCUCCUCGACGGCCGCAAAGGGGAAACAUCCGCGCGCGCGACUACGUACCCGGAGAGAAAGAACCAAAGCAACUGGCGACUAUUGCAGCCUUGCCUCGAUCGCGUCGACACUUGUCGCUCAGCUCGCACGCACAUGGGUUAGACUGCCCCGACUUGCUGGGGAAUCAUACGAGGUCAAAAGUCAAGGCCCCGGCUCGACGGGCAGCCACGAAAAAAGGAGUCGAGGGCCGGGUUAGCCAGUCAGCCAGCCAGCCAGCAGGGCCAGGAUUGCUGGACUGGGGCAUCGACACCCAUCCACGCACGCACGCACGCACGCAUUGGAAGCCGCUCGUGGCCUCGACGGCCGUCAUGUCUGAAACAGGCUCGCCAGAGACGUCGCGAGCCAAUCAAGUGGAUGCGUUCCUGUCCAAGGGCGCGGCCCCACCGUCGCUUGGCGGCUCAAUGUCCCGGCGCCCGUGCCCUUGGGGCCAGCCGCAUCAGCAGCAGCAGCAACAGCUGGAGCACCAGCUGCGGAACGGGAAUGGCAGUGGCAGUGGCAGUGGCAGUGGCAGCGGCGCUUGGGCAAUGCCACUGACGACCAAAGGGGUACGUACCUACGCACUAAUCACCCCGUACAUGUGCUUUACACGUCCUCCUCCCCCCGCCAUAAUAAUACGUAUCGUGUGUUGCGCGCGCGCGUGUGUGCCCGAGGCGAGGGCGGGUGUGGAUGCGAGCCGGAGAUCGUAACCUACCUGGAUCGCUGGGCCAAGGUUUGGACGCGCAUACCCAAGACGAGAACGCCCCCUCUGCUGCUGCUGCUGCUGCUUCUGCUCGCGCUGCGUGCUUGCUAUUGCUUGGCUCGGUGCAUGAAACCCGCUUCUCGACACUGCUCCGCAGCAGGUGGGAGAACAUGGCCGAGGGUGGCAGCGGGAAAGAGUCAGUCGGUGGUGGGAGGGCUCGAGCGGCCUGCCCAACCUAACCUACCUUGACUACUUUACCUUGGUCAGUUACCUAGUACCAGCGAAGCAGGCAAAGAAAAGCAGGCGGGCGGGCAGAUGGAUGAGGGGACCGAGUAUAAUUGCGCCUUCCCGCAAAGUUGCCCUUCAUUCCUGCCCUCGGUCGCGCCUUCUUUCACCCCGUUCCCCUCACUCACUCUCUGUUUCUGCCUGCUAGUGCUUUGCCUUACAAGUACGUGCGAGCACGUCUUGCACUUCUUCGUCUCGCCCAUCCCGCGGCUUGCGUGUUGUUGUUAUUGUCCAUCUUGUCCCUACCUUACCUACCUACCUUGCUCGGGCUUCUUCAUCCUUGCUACGCUGCUGCCCAGCUUCUUGCUCGCUUAAACGAGCUUCUUCUUCUUCGUCCCAUUCUUUCAUCUCUCGCACUCUCUGACGUGCUGUUCCCUUCUACAUCGACGGCGCCCACUGCAAGCGCAAGCCGCUCCUUUGUUGCGUGUCACACCGCACCCAAACGCUACCGUCGCGGCCAUCUAAAUCACCACCGCCGCCACAUUUCGCCUACGCCGACGCCGACGGUUGCGCGCCGCGUUUCCGCGAAAUAAAGGUAGCAGGGAACCCUCAGGGCCCUAUUUACUAUCUCGGCGACAUCGCGGCUUUCUUGAGGGUGAGUGACUGCAACGCUACCCCGUGGAGCGUGAUGCUGCUUGCCCGCGUGCCUCAUGACAUGUUACCCCAACCCGCAUACACCACAGCCGACCAUCCCCAUCCCCCUCACCCCCCCAAUCCAAGAUCUGCAAGGCAGUUGGCGAAGUCGCACCUACACUAUGCUGAGAGGCUCGCGCGGCCGGGACUUGCCCCGAUGUGCCCUGAACGAGCUGACUUGCGCCUUGCCCCUAUUGUUCGUCUCAUCGUCUGGACCAGAUCCCAUUGACAGGCAUAUUCACCACCCAAUUGUUGUUCACUGCCCAAUUGUUCAACCCUUAAAUAGCCCAGCUCUCCCACUUACUCGACCCGUUCACCCACCCCCAUCGCUCUUCUCAGACUACCUCUCUCGUCAUUCUUCUUUCAUUCGAGCCGGCUUGAUCUGUCUUUCAGUCUCAAGCGCGUCUUGUACACAGCUAACAUACCGUCCAAUCCAAGCUCGCCACUGGGCAACACCGUCAUCCAACAAAGACUGCUCCGCGAAACACGUGCUUCCUCGUCAUGAUGGGGCUGUCGACCCUGCUUACAGCCUCUGUGCUGGCGCUUCAGCUCUUCUGCCUCCCCGCCGACGGCAAGUGCAUGCCCAAGACGAGCGUCCAGAAGGAUGUCCCCGAUGUCGAUGCCGAUGCCGCCGGCUGGUGGAUGUCCGGCGUCAAGCGUCAGGGUGCCGUUGCUUUUGGCGGCCAGGGCGACUACAAGGUCUUCCGCAGCGUCAAGGACUACGGCGCCAAGGGAGAUGGAAGCACCGACGACACCGCAGCCAUCAACAGCGCCAUCACCGACGGAACUCGCUGCGGACAGGGCUGCGACUCCAGCACCGUCACCCCCGCCAUCGUCUACUUUCCGCCUGGCACUUAUCUCGUCUCCAAACCCAUCGUCGCCUACUAUUACACGCAGCUCAUUGGUGACUUCAACUCAGUUCCAGUUCUGAAGGCCGCCGCCAACUUUCAAGGCAUCGCUGUCAUUGACUCAAACCCUUACAAUAGCACUGGAGGUAACUGGUUCACAAACCAGAACAACUUCUUCCGCCAGGUUCGGAACUUCAAGAUCGACCUCACCGGCCAGCCCAAGACCACCGGUACGGGCAUUCACUGGCAGGUGGCACAAGCUACGUCCCUGCAGAACAUCGAGUUCAACAUGAUCGAGGACACCAGCCAAGACAACAAGCAGCAGGGUAUCUUCAUGGAGAACGGCUCUGGUGGCUUCAUGACGGACCUCACCUUCAACGGUGGUGCGCUGGGAGCCUUCUUCGGCAACCAGCAGUUCACCACUCGCAACCUCCGGUUCAACAAGUGCAACAAGGCUGUGCAACUGCAGUGGAACUGGGCCUGGACCUUCCAUGGAAUCUCCAUCAAGGACUGCGGUGUCGGCAUCGACAUGUCCCAAAGCGACAACGGCGCUCAGACCGUUGGCUCUGUACUCCUCCUGGACAGCACCAUUGCCAACACUCCCGUCGGCAUCAUCACUGUCUAUGACAAAGACCAGACGGGUACCAAUGGCACCCUCAUCCUCGACAAUGUCGACAUGACGUCCAACGUCCCCGUUGCUGUCAAGAAUGGCGGCACCGGCGAGACACGCCUGGAAGGCAACCAGCUCGUCGCUUCCUGGGUCCAGGGUCGCGCGUACAAGGGCACCAAAGGCGAGGCUGUACAGGCCGAACGCCAGCCGGUAGCCAAGCCUGCAGCUCUUACCGACGACAGUGGCAGAAUUUUCACCAAGAGCAAGCCCCAGUACGGCGACGUGCCGGCUUCCAAGUUCAUCUCGGUCAAGGACAAGGGAGCUAAAGGCGACGGCAAGUCUGACGACACUGCCGCUUUGCAGGCAAUCUUCGACAGCGUCAGUCCGGAUGAGAUUGUCUACUUUCCCCAUGGCGCCUACGUCGUUACCGACACCGUCAAGGUUCCCAAGAACGUCAGAGUGGUUGGCGAGAUUUGGGCGCUCAUCAUGGCUGGCGGUGACAAGGCUUUCAAAGACCAAGACAAUCCCAGGCCUGUGUUCCAGGUCGGCCAGCCUGGCGAUGUGGGCACCGUCGAGAUGCAGGACCUCAUGUUCGAGACGCUAGGCCCUCAGCCCGGUGCCAUUCUCAUGGAAUUCAACGUUGCCGGUCAGUCCAAGGGCGCCGCCGGACUUUGGGACGUGCACUUCCGCGUGGGUGGCUCUGCGGGCACUCAGCUGCAGUCCAACAAAUGCAGCAAGACCCCCAAAGAGCAGACUCAGGCCAAACCCGAGUGCAUUGGUGCCUUCAUGCUGCUGCACAUCACAUCCUCCGCCAGCCCCUACCUCGAGAAUGUUUGGGCUUGGGUCUCUGACCACGAGCUUGACCUGUCCGACCACAAUCAGAUCAACAUUUACAACGGCCGCGGCAUCUUGAUCGAGAGCACCAAGGGCGCAUGGCUCUGGGGAACCUCGUCUGAGCACAGCGUGCUGUCCAACUACCAGUUGAACAAGGCGCAGAACGUAUACAUGGCGCUUAUCCAGACGGAGACGGCCUACUUCCAGGGCAACCCCGAUGCCAACGUGCCGUUCAAGGUGAAUGCCAAGUACUCGGACCCCGACUUUUCCAAGUGCACGUCCAAGACGUGUGCUCGCACCUGGGGCUUGCGCAUCCAGGACUCCAAGGACAUCUUUGUCUACGGCGGAGGCCUUUACAGCUUCUUUGACAACUACGACCAGACGUGUGUUCCCGCCAACAACUGCCAGGAGAACAUGGUGGCGAUUGACAGGUCGGCCGUGGAGCUGUUCGGCAUCACGACUAAGGCUAGUGUUGCCAUGAUCACGCUCGACGGUGCAGUCGCAGCCAAGGACGAAGAAAACAGGAGUACCUUUGGCGCUUGCGUUGCCGUCUUUGAGGCGUCGUAGAGCGGUGAUCUCGGGCGGGGGGACGACGGGAAUGGGGCUGGCGGAGCUGGUACCGCCAGCAGCGUUUCGUUUGCACAUAGUCCUUUGUCAACUUUCACCGCACAGCUGGCGCCAGCGUCCACGAGCCCGGUUUCAUUCUGUGGCUCCGUGACGACUGUGCUCAAGAUGACGACCAUGUUGGUCACAGUCCCAUCGGUCGGCUGAAGGCCGUAGAUACAAUGUACAUAUUGAGAGACCAAGAAAAUGUUUCGGUUGCAGACUUUUAAUACUUGGGGAGCUGCCCUGUUCUUACUUGCAGUGCAAUGAGCGUGAUUCCGUGGCAAAAGAGCAGCUCGGG